GAGUUUUAGACAUUUCAUUGGUGAAACUGGUGUUCGAGAGUCAUGGCAUCCAAAUCGUGGCCCAUGGCAAAUUCUUCGCGGCGUCGGUCUUCUACCCGACAGCUAGGAUUCUACAGUGAUCCCGUCAUCUACAUUGCAAACGACAGCACAUCGUUUCGAAGCAACGCCUCCAAGAGAAACUCAGAGGAGAGUCUUGAAAGGGAAAACAAGAGGAUCAGGACAAGUUCCUCCCCUUGCUGCAGCAAGACUCUCUGGCGGCCUUCGACCAGCGACACUGCCGCCACUUCAGUGUCAGUACAAACUGUCCCACCUGACACCACAGAAACACAACAGAUUCAGGAGGAGUGGUAAGAAGGAGAAGUCCUCCUCUGAUGAGAAGAAAGAGAGACCGAGGAACAACUGCCGCUCUUCCUCCACAGAGGAUGCGAGGACAUCCACACCCGCCAUUCCCAACCUCAGCACAUGGAGCUGAGGGGAGGACUAGCACAAAGAGGAAAUCUGAUGAGGCACAAGAACCCAGGAAGAGGAGCAGAAAGACCUGCAGACGCUCUGAGAGCGACAGCCCCCCCGUCACCGCUGAGGCCUCCACCAGUGAGAAACCCAGUACUUCCAGCACUUCUCUGCCGGAACAGGCGCCUAAACCUGGCAGCAGAGCUGCCUUCGAGGCCAAGUACAAGCAGGAAAAACUGCUGGGUGAAGGAGGCUAUGGAUCAGUUUAUGCAGGCCAUCGCAGAGACGACGGUCUUCCGGUGGCCAUAAAACAUGUCCCCCAGAUUGACGUUAAGCGUACAUUUAUACUUCUGAAUGGAAGGAUUACCUGGGUCCCUAUAGAAGUUGCGAUGCUGCUCAAACUUGGACCAAGAGCAGCAGCAGAGACCUGUGCGGCCGUGACCCUGCUGGACUGGUAUGACGUGGACUACGAGCUGAUUCUUGUUCUGGAGAGACCAGUCCCAUGCAUGGACCUGAUAGAUUACAUCAGCUCUAAAGGGUUCAGCCUGCAGGAGCACGAGGCUAAGAUUAUAAUGAAACAGCUGGUGGACGCCAUCAUAGAGGUCCACUCCAGAGGUGUGUUCCACAGGGACAUCAAGCUGGACAACAUCCUCAUAGAAACCGGCUCUGAUGUCCCGCGUGUCAGGCUAAUUGACUUUGGCUGUAGCACAUAUCUGUCUGAGGGGAGCUACAGCACCCGGCAAGGCACUUACUUGUACAUUGGCCCUGAAUGUUUCCUGCGGGGUUGGUACACGGCUGAACCCACAACGGUGUGGCAGCUCGGAGUGGUUCUGUUCGGGAUGCUGCACGAAAAUCUCCCCUUCAAAGACAGCUCUGAGAUCAUCUAUGGAAACCCUAAAGUCAGUGAGAAUCUUUCAGAUGACUGUCAGGGUUUUCUAUUAAGCUGUCUGGUCAAGAGCCCGGAGGCCCGACCCUCGCUGGAGACACUUAAGCACCACCCCUGGCUGAUGUGAUCCAGCAUGGACCUCCAGACCUGGACUACAAGUGGACCCUCCAGGACGAUGAUGGACCCCCAAGACAAUGACGGACACCCCAGGAUGAUGAUGGACCCCCAAGACAAUGACGGACACCCCAGGCCGAUGAUGGACCCCCAGGAUGAUGAUGGACCCCCGAGAAAGACAACGGUUCCCCCCAGGAUGGUAAGGGCUCCUUCAGCUUCAAACACCCAGCCGUCUGUGGAGAGGGGAUCUCUCUUUGAAUUGCCUCUCCCGAGGUUUCUCCUCUUUUCCUUGUAAGCGAAGGUUUUUGAGGAGUUUUUCCUCGUCUUCUUAGAGAGCUUGGGCUGGGUUUGGAGGGUCCAGGUACAAAACCACCAAUCAAUUUUAGUUUUGGAACAAUUAAAUCAGAAAACUUUAUGUUAACACAAGGAAAAUGAGAAAUCUGGACAGAAAGGGACAGUGCUAGCUUACGGGGGUCCUGGCUGUCGUUCAUUGGAUGAUUUCAGGGGCAAAAUUAAAAAAAGUUAACUUGUGACAAAAUGAUUUCUCAUUUUCCCUGUUGUUCUAGUUGUUUUCCAGUUUCAUUGUUCCAAGACUUUAAAAAAAAAAAAGAGUUAAAAUUUAUAAUUUAAUUUAUAGUACAAUACUUAUUGCAUAUACUCUAAGUAUAAACA